CUUCGCUCUCAAUUUUUCUCUGUUCUGGUUGGAGAACCGAACCCUAAACCUACUUUCUGCUUCGAAUUUCAGUCAUGCUCCGGCAAUUUCUGCUGUUUUUUUCGCGUUCGAAUUACUGAUUUCCUGACGAAGACGAAUUCCCUAAUGCAAGUUUUGGUUUUCGAGCUUUCGGUCGGCGGCCAUGGAUGCGUUCAAGGAGGAGAUAGAAAUCGGGAGUUCGGCGGAGUCGUUGAUGGGGCUAUUGAAUUCGCAGAGGGAGCUUUUCCACAGCCAGGUCGAUCAGCUCCAAGAUUUCGUUGUUACACAAUGCAAGCUCACCGGCGUUAAUCCCCUCGCGAAAGAAAUGGCUGCUGGUGCUUUGUCGAUAAAAAUCGGAAAACGACCAAGAGACUUAUUGAAUCCGAAGGCAAUUAAGUAUAUGCAAGAAGUUUUUUCAAUUAAAGAUGCUAUUAGCAAGAAGGAAUCUCGAGAGAUAAGUGCUCUAUUUGGCAUUACUGUCUCUCAGGUUCGAGAAUUUUUUGUCAGCCAAAAGACAAGAGUAAGGAGGCAGGCGAGGCUUUCAAGGGAGAAGGCCAUCAGAUCCAGUACACAUACUGAACAACAAGAUGGAGUUCCAGAAAACUCCAACGCUAUACUGCCUAUUGAUCCUGUGCCCUUGAACUCUGCCUCAACAUCUGCUCUGGCUAUAUCUUUAGACCCCGUACCUCUAAAUUCUGUAGGUCCUACCAAUAAUGGUGGUGAUUCAUUGGCAAUUAUGUCACCUAAUGAUAUUCCGUCUGGCAUAAGUGAUUCAGAUAAACACUUUGUUGAGAAUAUUUUUCCUCUGAUGUGCAAAGAAGAGACAUUUUCUGGCCAAGUUAAAUUAAUGGAGUGGAUUCUGCAGAUACAAAAUAACUCUGUUCUGAUAUGGUUUUUGUUGAGAGGAGGUGUGAUGAUAUUAACAACAUGGUUGAGUCAAGCUGCUACUGAAGAACAAACAAGUGUCUUACUUCUUAUCCUAAAGGUGCUUUGUCAUUUACCUCUUCAUAAAGCUUCUCCCGAAAACAUGUCAGCCAUAUUGCAAAGUGUCAAUGGGCUCCGUUUUUACAGGAUAUCAGACAUAUCAAACAGGGCAAGAGUUUUGUUGUCGAGAUGGACCAAGUUAUUUGCGAAAAUCCAAGCUAUGGAGAAACAAAAUCGUACCAACUCAAAUAUUAAUGUGCAGAGUCAGAUGCUUCUGAAACAGAGUAUCGAAGAAAUCAUGGGCGAUGGUAGUAAUAUUGAAGAAUUUAUGAAUCCCUCGAAUAGGAGUUCAGAGACAAUCAGGAGGCUCGAAUCUUCACAGACUCCAAAGCUGUUGCUUCCGUCUGCAGAUGAUUCUGCAAAGAAACACAUGCUUGGUCCAUCUUCAUCCUAUAACAGAGAACGCAGGAAAGUUCAGUUGGUGGAGCAACCUGGCCAGAAAGCUGCCGGGAGGAGUCCUCAGCCACUAAGAACAUCCACUACAAAUCAAAGCCGGCCUAUGUCUGCUGAUGAUAUUCAAAAAGCGAAGAUGCGUGCUCUUUAUAUGCAGGGCAAGCAUGGCAAAAAGGAUUCUUCACCAGGUGCUAAUGGCGAAACAAAAGCUGCUACUCCCGAGAGGCCCUUGUCUCUUCAGUCAGCUAAGGAUUCUCCAAGCCAUCAGAACAAUGAAGCAGAGACUGGAGGCACCAUUGAACCUUCGGUUGUUCAACCUGUUAAUCCAUCAGCUGUCAAUCUCUUUCAAAGAGCUGAUGAUUACAAAAAACCAUCCUUAGUUUCACAGAACAUAUCUAACAAACCAGAAGCAGUGGCUGAUUUAAAGUUGAGAAUGAAUCCACAGGCUAUCCUGAAGAAUUGCAAGAGAAUUCAGAUUGCUUGGCAUGUACCACCAGAAAUAAAACUUGAUGACCUCUGGAGAGUGGCAGCUGGCGGUAGCAGCAAAGAGGUUGAUGUUCAGAGAAAUCGGAACCGACGGGAAAAGGAAACAAUAUACCAGUCUCUUCAGCAGAUACCCUUGAACCCGAAGGAACCAUGGGACAGGGAGAUGGACCAUGACGAUAGUUUGACCCCCGAAAUUCCGUCUCAGCAGCCGCCCGAAGAAAAUAUCACAGAACCACAAGAUGCCCUUGACGAACGGCGGAUUGCUGCAGUUUCUGCCACGACAUCCUCAGCCCAGAGCGGCACCCUGGAACCUGAUCUCGAGUUAUUGGCCGUGCUGCUUAAAAACCCAGAACUGGUUUUUGCACUGACGUCUGGGAAGUCAGGCAACUUUCCUGGACAAGAUAUGGUUAAGCUCCUCGACAUGAUUAAGUCUGCUGGGCCAAGUUCAGCAGGUAGUUCCUCGAUGGAAUCGAGCAAUAAGCUGGAAGAGAAAGUUGAAGUUUCACUCCCAUCGCCCACUCCAUCAACGAAUCCUGGAAUGAGCGGAUGGAGGCCGGGAAUGAUUCAGAAUCCGUUUUCAAAGCAAAAUCCCGGCGGAUCCGCGGUUUCUAGAUCGGUUUCUCAAGCUCCCGGGGCAUCGAUGCAGUGGCAAGCCGAACAAUCCAACCAGCGAUAUGUCUCAUCAGCGUAUAAUACCUCAAGUCCAUCGCCUCAAACAACUAGCAUCAUAUCUGAGAAACAUCAUCAACUUCAACAUCGUUCCACUGUUUCAACGACAAUGGAACGGCAACAGAUUCCGCCAUUGCAGCAACAAAAUUUCCAUCUCAACCCGCAACUUCAGCAGAACAUCUCGGGAAAUCCAUCGAUCGGGUACCCGAGUAAGGAGCCGAUGGGAACUGCGUCAGAUUCAUGGAGGGCACAGGCGAACCGGUCUAUAUAUUACUCUCAUGAACCGAACAAUGGUGCAUCAUUCCAUGGAGGAGGACAUGCUCAGGCACCAUCAUAUACAGUGAACCGGAAUACAAGUAAUCCGGGGUACGAGUCAUGGAGUCCGGAGCAUAGCCCGACGGGUCGGAACCAUCCUAAUGGAUAUUGGGACCAAAACAACAGAAGGUGGCGGCACUGACCAGAAGAGAUAGCCCCUCAUUGUGUCGGAUCUCUGAGCGUUCACCAGAUUUUGUUAUGUGAAAUGAACCCAUGAAAAAAAAAGAGGAGAAAAGAAAAAGGAGACUGCAAUUCAAAGACUUUCCAAUUACCAAAUUCGACUGGCCCAUAUAUUUAUAUGUAAAAUCUUUUUCUUUUCACAAACUCAAAUUUCGUUAAUGUAAUAAUAUUCGUCUAUAAACUGUUCUGGCUUUUAAUUGAAUCA